GAGGCUCCGUGGGAGUGGCAGGAGGCGGCGGGGGCGCUGCUGGUGGAGCUGGGCCGGCGCUUCCUGAGCCGCGUGCUGGAGGAGCUGCUGCGGCAAUUCCCGCCCGGAAUUCUGCCCCAGGCCGGCCUCGUGCGCACCCUGGGCCAGCUGGCCACGGCCAACGUUUUUGGGAUGGUUCCCUUCCUGAGCUCCAUCCUGGGGACGCUGCUGCCCCUGCUGGGAUCGGCCCGGACGGAUUCCAUGAAAUGCACGCUCUGCUAUGCCCUGCAGCGUUUCAGUGAGAGCAUCCAGGAGUACCUGGCAGGGAAGGAGCAGGCCCCCGACCCCACCAUCCGCGGGGACGCCUUCGCGCCCGAGCUCGGAGCCGCCUUCGACCUCCUGAGCCUGCAGUGGCUGCAGAGCAGGGAGGGCAAG